AAUGACAAAUUGAUAUUUAUUUAUUUACGUUUGUCGGGGGCGUUCUCGCUGUUUUCCGAACUUGAGAAAACUUAGUAAAAAAACGUUCUAAAAUAUGAAAAUCUAAGUAUGUUACAGAAUAAAAGAACCAAUAUUUAAGUAUAGAAACAGUGAUUUAGCAUUUAUAGAUCAAGAUGGAGCAAAAAGAUUACAAGUUUGCAGCUUGCACGUAUUUCGCCAAGAAUCAUCCAGGCGAAAUGUGCGGUAGCAAUGGAUUGCCGUUGACGCCAAGUUCUAUAACUAUACUGGGCUGGGCCCAGCGACUGUUCACUAUAGAACAUCCUAAUUUGUGCACGUAUCUUGAUGUUAUACGAGGAAAACAUGAGAGGAUCAUAGUGGUAGCAGAAGUCAUAGGCAAGUCCCUCAGCGAAUACACCUCAAGGUUCACCCACAAUGAAAUAAAAAACAUUGCCUACCAAGUAGCCACAGCCCUCGCAUACUUACAUGAGCAGGAUAUAAUGCACCGGACACUGUCUGAUGAUAACAUCUUAGUGGACAGUGAAGGGAGAGUGAAGUUGUUUAAUUAUGGCAUGUAUUAUAUGACUGGAGGGGGGGAAGAAGUUUUAUUCCCACUUGGUGUCCCAAGAUAUCUGAGCCCAGAAACAAUCCUAGACGGCGGAGGUCCAGCCGCAGACGUGUGGACCUUCGGCAUCAUACUCCUGGAGCUGUGUUUGGGCAAGUUGUGGACCAAUCUGAAACCCGGACCGAUUCUGAGGAGAAUACUUACUUUAGUUCACGCUGGGAGCCCGCCUGAGAGGAUCGCUAGAGAAAAUGACUUGUAUGAUGCUUAUAAGCAAAUACCAGAAGACCUCCGAACAAUCAUCGAGAAAUGUCUAAAAAUACUCCCAAGCGACCGCGCCACUUUUUCGGAGGUAGUCAACGAUCUAUCUCAUAUGGACGUUCAGUUGCCCGUUCAGAGCAAACCUCCCCGCGGACUGAUGGGGUGCAAGCUACAGUAUUUGUACCAUUGGUGGCAGCUGGCUGGAGGGGAUGUGCAGGUCAAGUUGAAGAAGAAUGGGCUGACUAAGAACAGUCCGCCUAUAUUGUCUAUGCCUUCAGCAAUCCUCCUCGAUGGUUGCACAGUCGGUGGUAAAGUCGGUGCGCUCUUCGACCGCCGAAUAGCCAAAUAUAGCCUAGAAUUACUAAAGGCUAGGUUAUCCCACGUUCCUAUACACGACUACUAUCCUCUGAUGCACGAGAGGAGAAAGGAGUUUGAUGCUGUGGCUUUACCGAGAAUUAUAAGGGAAAGAGAUACGGAAUACCAGUUUUAUAGGCUUCUUUGGUUCCAGAGGCUAAUGCAUGGCUAUCCCUACACAACAUCAUACAUCCGGGCAGAAGCGGAAGUGGACAUUCCACCGCUUAUCCGCGGACAUGUCUGGGCUGCCUUAUUGGGCGUUGUCGGAGACAUAGAGGAUCGUUAUGAGAGAAUCGACAAAGAGACGCCCACGCCUACUGAUAGACAGAUAGACGUAGACAUCCCUCGCUGUCACCAAUACUGCUGGCUCCUUUGCGGCGCUGCGGGUCACAGGGGCCUAAAGAGAUUACUAAAGGCGUGGCUGCUGACUAACCCACAAUACGUUUACUGGCAAGGACUGGACUCCUUAACUGCACCGUUCCUUUACCUCAACUUUUAUAAUGAAGCCCGUGCCUUUGCUUGUUUAUCAGCGUUUGUGCCACGUUUUCUACACAAGUUCUUCCUGAAGGACAAUAGCGCCGUAAUAAAGGAGUACCUUGCCAAAUUCUGGCAGAUGGUCGCUUUCCACGAGCCAGAGCUGGUCACACACCUCUUCGAGAUCGGGUUCGAGCCGAAUCUGUUCGCCAUACCCUGGUUCCUCACUAUGUUCUCACAUGUGUUCCCCCUCCACAAGAUCCUGCACCUCUGGGAUGCCUUUCUAGUGGAGGGUCCCGCACUACCCAUAUUCAUGGGCGUGGGGAUCCUCAGGCAGCUACGAGACACGCUCCUAGAGUCAGGGUUCAACGAGUGUAUACUGCUGUUCUCCGAUCUACCGGAGAUCGAUAUUGGCGAAUGUGUUAAGGAGUCCAUCGAAAUGUGCCGCAGCUCGCCUCGGAGUAUAACUUAUAGACGAUUUACGAAUGAUGCGGAAGUUAAAGAUCCAAUGGAUGCAGUGGAAAUACCCAUGGAUGUUUUGUGCGCCGAAUGUUGUCCGCGUAUCAGUCUGUCCGACUUCUUCUCCCUGAUAUGCCAAGACAAGUGCUGCGUAAUCGAUAUAAGGUCUAAUUUGCUCUACGAAAAGAGCUGCAUAGAAGGCAGCAUCAACAUACCCUACAGCGGAGUUCAUCUCGGACAACAUGAGUUACAGUCGCUCGGGCCAAACAACCAUAAGGUUUUAACUGAGGUAAUUAAGUUGAAGAAAACUGUGGUCGUGGCGUCGGCGGAAGAUGAGACCGCUCAGUUGUUCAGCUCGUACCUGGUGAAGUGUCACGUGCCCCGCGUAUGUGUGCUACACGGCGGUACUCACGCGCUACACACACAUGUGCCAUCCCUAUUCACCGUGCCCAGGAACGACCGGAAAUAGACCUAAUUCAGCAGUGAUAUAGUUGAUUUUCCUUUAUACAUGCGCUGCACCGUUAUUGUGCCGAAGUAUGAUUGAAACUAGACCUUAUUUGGCUGUAUUACAUAUGCUAUUUCUCUCUUUGAGCGUUACAUGUGCAGGCCGUAACAUGUACCAUCGGUUUUCAUCUUGCUAACGAAUGACAAUAAAUAGACCUUCGCCCUUAUUCAUAAACAAGCAAGCAAGAGCUUUGCUCGAAAAACAUAUAAACUCAAAAAUGCGCGUUUUCUCAGAGAUAAGACUUAGCUAGAUCGAUUUUUUGCCCCCGAAAACCCCCAUAUAGCAAAACUCAUCGAAAUCCUUAGAUGCGUUUCCAAGAUCCCCGAAAUAUUUAAAUAUACAAGAAUGGCUUGUUUAAAGGAUACUUCAUAUAGAUAUAAGAUGGUGCUUCAAAUCUUUUAAUUAAAAUAUGAACCACUUCCCGGUAUCUGAUUCAGUAGAAAUUUUAAAUACUACUGUAAUUCCGAUGACAAUGCAAUACUAUGGUAACAUGGAGCUGAUCUGAUGAUGCUGUCAAAAGGUAACCAAAGGAACUCCUCGGGGGAAAAACACAAACACAUCGGGUUUAGGCUUAUUAGAAAGGUCUCGAGAAGUACUUGAUAGACAUGCAAAUAAGAAGUGCAGUCGGCAAUUAAAAUGUCACAAUGUUUUUGUUACAGUAACUUGUUUACAAAUACAUAUGUCAAAAUGACAGAUUAAGUCAAACUAUUAUUAGCGUUUUAGCGCGUUUAUUAAUAAGGAGGCUUAUCUAUAUCGGUGUUUUUGUUAGCAAUUUGGCUUCUUGUGACCCAGGACACAAGAUAGUGAUAGGUUAACUUUCUAAAAAAAAAGUCAUAAUCUAUUAGCAUGCUUAUUUAUUUUUUGGUCGAAAAGUACUUGAUAGACAUGCAAAUAAGAAGUGCAGUCGGCAAUUAAAAUGUCCCAAUGUUUUUCUUACAGUAAUUUGUUUACAAAUACAUAUGUCAAAAUGACAGAUUAAGUCAAACCAUUAUUAGCUAAUUACGGUUUUUAACGCGUUAAUUAAUAAGGGGGCUUAUCUGUAUCUGAAUUUUUUGUAGUAAUUUGACUUCUUGUGACCCAUGAGACAAGAUAGUGAUAAGUUAUCUUUCUAAAAAAAAAUUGUCAUAAACUAUUAGCAUGCUUAUUUAUUUUUUGGUCAAGCAAACUUUUCAAGAGUUCUCCAGGAGAUAAUUAUGGUAACUGGAGUGAUCAUAGUUGUCUUCUGGGUAACGGAUAACGUUAUACAGUGCUGUUGCUUUUAAAUUUGGCCAAGAAUGACGAUGGUUAAAAUGUAUCAAUUUUCUUUUAGGUUUAAGUACUUCCUGUGGGAUAUGAACACAUGGUUUCUUUGUUUUAGGAAGUAUAUAUUAUACGUUUUUAGUUAUUAAAUUAUUUUUAUGUCAAGCUAUUUAAACAUAAGUUAAAUAUUGGUGAUUAUUGAGAUUAAUAAUUAAGAUGCUAUUAUUUUUUCCAAAUAAAUAAACUAUUAGCAUA